AUGCUCGUGCAUACUACCUCGAGGAUGUCGAUUCGCGGAUCAGCCUUCACUCUCAACACCUUCUCUAGCAAAGACUUUAUAGUCAAGGACUUCAUCGAGGAGCUGUCCGACACAGCCGUACCCUCAUCGCGGAAGUCAGGCGCCAACUCCGCCCACCAGACAUUCGACCCGAAGCCGCUCAUCCGCAACUUCGAACAUGCCCUGACGCGACUCAACAAUCUCUCGGAAGACCUUGAAGAGCAGGAGAACGAGCUGUCGGGAACCGUGAGGCGUGCCGAAGCCCAACACAACCAGAAUGUCGAGUCCUUGGGGAGGAGACUCGAGCAGGCCAUUGAUCGCUUCCAGAGGCUGGACAGCUCGCUGAACGGGGGUGAUGAGGGGGGUACAGACGCUGGGGGGAAUGUUGCUAUGCGGAUAGGCGAGAGACUCGAAGAGAUCGACCGCCAGCGGAAGAGGGCCCUCGACGCAAAGUUUUUGAUCGAAUGCUGGCAAGAAGUCAGCGAACGGGGCGAACUCAACAUCCUCGAGGACCAUCGGAGAGGUGGCAACAUUGUGCGAUGCGCUGAAAUCGCCCGCCAGCUACUGAGAAUAAGCAUUCGUCUUGACCCAGAAAGCGGUCAACGCACCAAUGGCGAGGCGCAGAAUGGUACCAAGGGCAGGAGGAAGACCGUAACGAUAAUGAAGCACAACACCAAGGAAGUCAUCGAGAAGUUUUUGGAGAACUUGGAGCAGGAUUUGAUCAGCAGGUUCGACGAGUGCUAUCGACGGCCAAACUACGAUGGUAUGCGAGAGUGCGCAGUUGCACUCAGAGGCUUCAACGAAGGAUCUAGUGUCAUUGCUACCUAUGUCAACCAGCACUCUUUCUUCAUCGACCGGAACCAGCUCAUCACCGAGGAGCUCUCAACAGACGCCGAAACCUGGGACCGCCUUCAAGAUCCGGAUGCAGAGCCACCAGGUGUCGAACCUACGCUACAGUCAUUGAUCGAUGAAGUCAAGAUCGUUGUGCAGGAGGAGUCUGCAAUCAUCAAGAGGGCAUUCCCGUAUUACGAGGAGGUUCUAGUCAAGUUCUUGGAACGCAUCUUCCAGCAGUCAAUACAACAGAGACUCGAGAUGGUGCUUGGAAAGGGAGGUGAGCUUUCCUCACUGGCUUUUCUGCGCUCUUUGCAGGCAUCGAGAAGUUACAUCACCCAACUCGUCGACGACCUCAAAACACACGGCUUGACAGAACACCCCGAACCUGUAACAUCACAGAUUGCGGCUACGCUCGAUCAACAACUUGACGAGCUGUUCUCGCCUUACUUUGUUGGCUCGUCUUAUAUUGAGCGAGAGAAGAAGAAUCUUGAGGAACUGUACUCUUCUCUUCUUCUCAAGUUCACCAUCUACCACUCUCGGCGGCGGAAAAUGCCUACCUCGUACUUUGGCUCGCUCGCUCAGCGAGGUAAAGAGCUCGCAGCGUCUGCUCGAGAUGCAUACAUGGAUCGUUUGGAGAGUACCGAGCUGCCCGCCAGUCAAAAGGCGACACUUCUUCGCAUUGCUGGCUUGAAAGAAGACCAGCAAGAGAAGAAAGAAAUUGAAGUCACCGAUGAGGAUGGCAAACUGUCGCUCUCGACUGCAAAGCGAAUGCUCAAGUGGCUGGCAGAAGGUGUUGGACGUGGGCUCGAGCUGUCGCCUGGCAAUGAAACGCCAAAAGACGUGCAGAACCUCCUCAAUCUACUGUUGCAGCAGAUGGGUGAAAUCUACCUCGAAACAGCUCUAGACGCAGCAUCCGAUCACGCCGCCUCUCAAGAAUCCUCCAAAACACCCCCCGAUCUAACCCACCUCCCCUCCCUCCACGCAAUAACCACAAUCCUGCACCUUCUCCAACAAACCACAACCACCAUCCUCCUCCCCCUCUGCACAGCCAACAUCACCAUCCGCCGCGAAAUCGAAAAAUCAACAACCACCACCAUGGCCACGCUCGAAUCCAAGCUCUCCAACAUCCUCAACCUAACCCUCACAGCGAGUCUGAACUGGGUGGGCCGCUGUCUAAGCCAGCAGAAGAAGACGGACUUCCGCCCAAAAGACGACCAGGACUUCGCGGUCACAAGCGAAACCCAAGCCUGCAGGGAAGUCGCCGCUUUUCUUACCCGCGUCGCUUCACAAGCUUCUAGUGCUCUUUCUGGUCGCAAUCUCUCGCUCUUCUGCGCGGAGCUCGCGAGGGGAUUGCGCGCGCUUGUGCUUGCUCAUCUUCUUAAGUUCACAGUUUCGCAGGUUGGUGGCUUGAGUGUGUCGAAGGAUAUGAAUCGCUAUGUUGAGCUUGUGCGCGCGUGGCCUACGGGAGACGAGCUCGAGACGGGCGCGAUGGAUGUAUUGGCGGAUGUUAGCACGCUUUUUAUCAUCGGGCCUGAAGCGUUGAGGGAUCGGUUGAGGGGCGCUGGGGCUGAUGCGCAGGAGUUGAAGCUUUUUAUUGCGCGGAGGGAGGAUGUGGGGACAGUGGGGGUGCAGAGUGUGCUUAGUGGGUAG